CUGUGUCUCAACGUUCCGCCGAGGGUUUCCCCGGCGAGUCUGAGAGUUCCAUCGGGGAUUCCCUCCCAUUUCCCCCGGGGCUCCGCGGCCCGAUCUGGGAGAGAUGAUGGUUAACGAGGCCGGGUCGCGGGGCGCCACGCACACGGUGCCCACCGAGGAGACGGUGCACGUGGUGGAGCUUAACCCUUUCGGGGACGCCGGCGCCGGCAGCCUGAUCGCUUACGGAGGCGACAACUACAUCGUGGUGGGCAGCUGCCGCUUCCAGGAAGAAGAUGCGGAAAUAAGAGGUAUGGAAUUCAAGACACUUCAGACAUUUAAUCGAGGAAUUCGGGUAGAUUCGAUCGCAUGGAGUCCAGAAACUAAGAUGGACACACUGACACAACUGAUCCAGUUUUGUACUGCAGACGCUGACAGAAAGUUGAGGCUGCUAACAUCUGAUCUCAAGGAAGACACCAGGUGGCAGGUAAUAGAAGGUCAUACUGAUUACAUCAACGAUCUAGUAUUUGACCCCAACACUGGGAAACAAAUCGCAAGUGUUAGUGAUGAUCACACAUGCCGUAUCUGGGACCUUGAUGGAAACCAAAAGACGUCAUUUCUCCUGAAUUCUCCAGGAAUGAGCUUGUGUUGGCAUCCUGAGGAGAUGUACAAGCUGAUGGUGGCGCAGAAGAAUGGGAUCAUUCGGUUUUAUGACCUGGUCACUCUGCAGGCCAUCCUGUCUCUGGAUUGUGGGCAGAUGCCAUUGAUGUCAGCAGACUGGUGCCUAGGCAAUACCAUCAAAGUUGGUGCAGUUGCAGGGAAUGAUUGGUUGAUUUGGGAUAUCACUCGCUCCAGUUAUCCUCAAGAGAAGAGACCAUCACACUUGGAUGGAGCACAACAAUUCCGAUGGUCAAAAGCCAACGAGAAUCUUUUUGCGACGACUGGCUAUCCAGGCAAGACGAACAGCCAAUUACUUGUCCAUCAUUUGGGUCAUCCACAGGCCAUUUUGUUUGGCUCGGCGUCUGUGGCUUCAGGACUGAGCUGGCACCGAACACUUCCAUUAUGUGCAAUUGGUGGAGAUCGGAAAGUUUUAUUUUGGAUGACUGAGAUGUAGAAGAAUAUACUUCUGUUUUUUAGCCAGACUGUGAAGUAUUUUCACACUGUGUUCUGGAUUAAUUGAAAUGAGUUGAUGUGAAUAUUAACUCAAUCCAUAGCACUAAAAUACCCAGUCAUCAGCUGGAGAUGAAAAUUAAAGAUUUCUCCAUUGUA